AUGGCGUCUGUUAAAGAGAUGCUGAUGGGCUCAAUGAAGGAGCUGGUAGAAGCUGAACUGAAGGAGUUUAAAUGGCACUUAAUGAAUCCAUCUUAUAAGCAUAUACCAAGGUCUGAAUUGGAAAAGGCAGAUAUAUUCGACACAGUGGAUAAGAUGAUAGCACGUUUUGGAGCAGAAGAAGCUGUGAAGGUCACGGUGGACAUCCUGAGGAAGAUGAACCAGAAUGAACUGGCUAAACAGUUGGAGAACAAGAAUAAGCAAGUCUGUUUAACAGAGGAUUGGAUGCUUCAGAAGUUUUUGGAAACUCACAAAAUAAACAUGAAGAAAAAAGCAGAACGUAUUUUUGAGUGCAAGAAAGUAAAUGAAGUUCAUCUCAAGGCUGUUUACACAGAACUGUUCAUCACAGAGGGCGAUAUAAAAGAUGUCUAUCAGGAACGUGAGAUUCUGAAGAUUGAUGAUGCUUUCAGGAAGAAACAGACACAGGACAAACCAAUCGAUUGCAGUAAAUUAUUUACAUUAUUAAGGGAAAAUAAUGAGGAAAAGAUUGUGCUGACUAAAGGCAUCGCUGGCAUUGGAAAAACUGUCUCUGUGCACAAAUUCAUCCUGGACUGGGCUGAAGGAGAAGCCAAUCAGGAUAUACACUGUGUGUUCCUGCUUCCAUUCAGAGAGAUUAACGAAAUCAAGGAUAGAGAGGUCAAUCUCCAUGAAUUCCUACUGGAAUUUUAUGAUGAAUUGAAGCACCUGGAGAAAUCAAAGUUAUAUACAAAAUAUAAACUUGCAUUUAUAUUUGAUGGACUUGAUGAAAGUCGACUGCCUUUGAAUUUUGAAAGCGAAGCAUUGAAGAUGGUUGAGAGAAGAUCGUCUGUAGAUGUGCUUUUUACAAGUCUGGUGAAAGGCAAGCUGCUUCCAUCAGCUCUUGUCUGGGUGACAUCACGACCAGCAGCAGCCAAUCAGAUCCCUCCUGAGUAUGUGGGUUUAUUUACAGAGGUGCGAGGAUUCACUGACCAACGGAAGGAGGAGUACUUCAGAAAGAGAAUCAAAGAUAAGACUCAGGCCUCCAAAAUCAUCUCACACAUUAAGACGUCUCGUAGUCUCUAUAUCAUGUGCCACAUUCCUGUGUUCUGCUGGAUCACGGCCACAGUACUUCAAAAUCUUCUCAACAAGAACAGUGAAGAGAACAUCAGCACAACACUCACCGAAAUGUACAUUCACUUCCUGCUGAUACAGAUGAACAUGAAGAGCCAGAAAUAUGAUGAAAAAGCAGAAAGACAACGCACAAAGCUUUUACGUUUAAAUAAAGAAAUGAUUUUGAAACUAGCCAAACUAGCAUUUGAACAGCUGAAGCAGGAAAACAUUGUGUUCUGUGAGGACGAUCUGGAAGAAUGUGACAUUGAUGUGAGUAAAGACACCGAGUUCACAGGAAUGAUCGCUGAGAUCUUUAAGAUGGAAUAUGGACUUUAUAAGACAAAAGUCUACUGCUUUGUGCAUCUGAGUGUUCAAGAGUUUCUCGCUGCAGUGCAUGUGUUCGUCUGCUACCUGAACAAAAACAUGCAGGAGCUUCAGUUUUUCUUUGACAAGCCAGAUGAAAAUAUCACAUUGCAGAAGCUACUGCAGAAGGCUGUUGAUAAAGCCAUGAAGAGUCAGAGAGGACAUCUGGACCUGUUCCUGUGCUUUCUGAUGGGCAUUUCAUUGAAAUCCAGUCAAAACCUGCUCCAAGGCCUGAUCACACACACUGAAGACACCACAGAGAGCAUCACAAAAACAACUGAAUACAUUAAACAACUACAAAACAGGAAUAUAUCGGAUGAUAUUUUAGCCUUGCAAUUAUACUUUAAUCAAAGCAGGAAUAUAUCAGAUGAAGCUUUAGUCAACCUAUUCUACUGCUUACUUGAGCUCAAGGAUCAUUCAUUAUAUGAGGAAAUCCAGAGUUACCUCAGCUCAGAUGAACAUCCAGGAAGAAACCUCUCAUCUUCAAUGUGCACAGUGCUGAUCUACAUACUGCUCAUGUCAGAGAAGGUGCUGGAUGAGUUCAACCCAAAGAGGUUCACGUCAUCUUCAAACUACAAGAGACUCAUCCCAGCUGUGAGAUGCUGCAGAAAAGCACUAUUUGACAGGUGUGGUUUUGAUGAAACAUGCUGUGAAACUGUGUCUUCUGCUCUACAACAAUCAAACUCCCAUCUGACAGAGCUGGACCUGACUAGCAAUCACCUGAAAGAUUCAGGAGUGAAGCGGAUUUAUGAAGGACUGAAGAGUUCACACUGUCGACUGAAUAUACUGAGGCUGUGUGGGUGUUGUCUUACUGAUCAGUCCUGUGUAAGUUUGUCUUCAGCUUUACAGUCAUCAAACUCUGUCCUGAGAGAGCUGGAUCUGAGUAACAAUGACCUGCAGGAUCAUGGAGUGAAACUUCUUUCUGAUGGACUGAAGAGUCCAAACUCUAAGCUGGAGAUAUUGAGAUUGUCCGUAUGUAAUCUCACUGCUCAGUCUUGUGGGAGUUUGUCAUCAGUUUUGAAAUCCUCAAACUCUGUCCUGAAAGAACUGGAUCUGAGUAACAAUGACCUGCAGGAAUCUGGAGUGAUGCUUCUUUCUGAAGGACUGAAGAGUCCAAACUGUCAGCUGGAGAUACUGAGGUUGUCUGGCUGUAUGGUGACAGAGAAAUGCUGUCAUUAUGUGUCUUCAGCUCUGAGUUCAAACCCCUCACACCUGAGAGAGCUGGAUCUGAGCUACAAUCACCCAGGAGAUUCAGGAGUCAAGCUGCUUUCUGAAAAACAUAAGGAUCCAAACUGGAUCAAACUCAAUGUGGAUCAUGGAAGAGAAUCCAGGAUUACAGCAGGACUGAAGAAAUAUGCCUGUUUUCUCACACUGGAUCCAAACACAGCACACACUCGACUUAUUCUGUCUGAGGAAAACAGAAAGGUCACAAAUGUGAGAGAGAAUCAGUCGUAUCCUGAUCAUCCAGACAGAUUUGAUGAUGUGCGUCAGGUGUUGUGUAGAGAGAGUGUGUGUGGACGUUGUUACUGGGAGACUGAGUGGAGUGGAGAUCUUGUGUUUAUAUCAGUGUCAUAUAAGAGCAUCAGCAGGAAGGGAGCGGGUGAUGAGUGUGUGUUUGGAUCUAAUGAUCAGUCCUGGAGUUUGAUCUGUUCUCCCUUCAGAUACUCAUUCAAACACAAUAACAUAGAGACUGAUCUCCCUGUGGAACCCAUCAUCAGUCAUAGAGUAGGAGUGUCUGAUAAUAUCUAUAGAGUAGGAGUGUAUGUGGAUGUGAGUGCAGGAUCUCUCUCCUUCUACAGCGUCUCCAGAAACACAAUGAGUCUCAUCCACACAGAACAGAUCACAUUCACUCAGACGCUCUAUCCUGGGUUUUAUGUUUCUGUUGGAUCAUCAGUCUCUCAUAUGGACCCCAGCCCUCUACCAGUUCUCAUGGAUUCAUCGAGUGAGGGCCUGACGCCUGACGCUCCGCUACGUCUGGCUGCCGAAGAAAUGGAGGAGCUCAGCAGGGUCUACUGUAUGGACACUCUGGAGCAUUUUUUGCAAGCCGACCCAAGCCAGGGCCACUCAGUGCUUCUACCCGUUUGA